GGGGCAUGUGAAGUGCACUAUGUUUGCAAAGAAAUCAUGACUGAAAAGCAGGGACAGCGACAAGAUCACGAAGUCUGUUACUGUGGGAUUUCUAAGGACAGUGACUUACUUCAAUGCAGCUCAUGUAGAAAGCAAUUCCACUUGGGUUGUUUGGCGACUGGACGUCCAAGCCCACUUGCUGGAGAUAUCUAUUUUGACUUGACRUGCAAGGAUUGUGGGAAAGAUGGCCAGGAAAUAUGCAAAAGAGCCCACAUUAGUUGGAUGCAAACAGUUUACCUGGCAUUGUACAACUUAGCCAUGACAAGCAGUGGUAGAAAAGGCUACUUUAGAUGGAAAGAAGAUAUCUGCCAGUUUAUUGACAGAAACUGGUCAUUGCUCUUGCCUAAAAGGAAAAGAACGACAGCAUGGUACAGUACUGUUGCUGGGACACUUUCUUCAGGAUGCCCACAGUUUUUUAAGUCAGGUCAAACAGAGUUCAAGGAGACAGGCUGGUGGUCUUUACAAGAGAAAGUGGCCCCUGCUGACAAAAUGGGAAGCCCAGGGGCAGACAYUAAAAAGAAAAAGGCUUUCAGUAAAGGAGCCAACAAAAGGUCGGCAGAUCCUUUAGAUGUUGAAAAAGAUGUUUGKGAAGUGGUAAAAAAGACCAAGGAASAAGAGAAUUCMGAGCCCUUGAAAGUGGUGAAAGAGACAAGUGACCUUGAGGUAUUGCCUGCUGCUGCCAUGGAAACAGAUUCUGAUGAUCUUAUUGCAAGACUGCUCAGAGAUGAUGAAGGGAGAUCUCUGGAUGAUGUGUACUUCCCUUUCAUGGAGAUGGACGAACCUUUUGCCUUGAUUUCUGAAGACAAAGAAAGUUUUAAUGAUAGUUUGACAGAAGAAUCACUAGAAAUGGAAUCAGAAACUUCAGCAAGCACACAGAAUGAAAAAGACUCUAAAACAAGCUAUCUUCAAGAGGAGGAAAAAGAACUAGUAGAGAAAAGUGACAAUGAAUCCAUUGCUUCUACCGUAAAGUCAGACACAAAAAGAACAGCAAAGAGCAAACAGAGUAAAGAGCAAGAAAUCUCUUCUACUGUAAAGGAAAGCAGUUUGUCAAUGGUGUCAGAAGCAGACGAGCAUGAGAUGCUGUGCCGUUUAAAUGCUUGCGCUGAAGCCAAUCAAGACGACUGCACUGCGAGGCGCCUGCGCAGAAAGCUAAUCCUAAGAAAGGCAUGUAGUGAAGAAGAGAAUUCCGAGCCCUUGAAAGUGGUGAAAGAGACAAGUGACCUUGAGGUAUUGCCUGCUGCUGCCAUGGAAACAGAUUCUGAUGAUCUUAUUGCAAGACUGCUCAGAGAUGAUGAAGGGAGAUCUCUGGAUGAUGUGUACUUCCCUUUCAUGGAGAUGGACGAACCUUUUGCCUUGAUUUCUGAAGACAAAGAAAGUUUUAAUGAUAGUUUGACAGAAGAAUCACUAGAAAUGGAAUCAGAAACUUCAGCAAGCACACAGAAUGAAAAAGACUCUAAAACAAGCUAUCUUCAAGAGGAGGAAAAAGAACUAGUAGAGAAAAGUGACAAUGAAUCCAUUGCUUCUACCGUAAAGUCAGACACAAAAAGAACAGCAAAGAGCAAACAGAGUAAAGAGCAAGAAAUCUCUUCUACUGUAAAGGAAAGCAGUUUGUCAAUGGUGUCAGAAGCAGACGAGCAUGAGAUGCUGUGCCGUUUAAAUGCUUGCGCUGAAGCCAAUCAAGACGACUGCACUGCGAGGCGCCUGCGCAGAAAGCUAAUCCUAAGAAAGCACAAACGUGAAAAUGGACUUCCYAUWUUUGAUUUGGAYAAGAGAAUUACAUCUCUCCUGUCUUCCACUAAAGCAUACAUUUUCAAGGAUGAUGACUUUGUGCCUUUGAAGGUGGAUUAUAAUAAUGAAGAUGUGGUUCCAGCAGAGAAGAAAUCUAAGSCCCAGAGAAUAGGCAGCUUAUUAUCAAGAUACAGUCGAGUUCUGGAUAGGUUUUUGGCUGCCCCUCAGAUGYUUAGAAGAAAAGACCAACAUCCGGGUACUUUUUUGAAUCGCCUUAUUGGUGCAGACAGACAGACGCUUCUUCGUCCUAUUACCAGUCCCUACACGGCCCGCGUUUUGAAACCAUUCAUUCGAAGAGACUUUGAAAGUCGACCUCUGAAACUAAGACUGCUGAAUGAGGUGGUGGCUUACCAGAAAAGAAGAAAAGACCAACAUCCGGGUACUUUUUUGAAUCGCCUUAUUGGUGCAGACAGACAGACGCUUCUUCGUCCUAUUACCAGUCCCUACACGGCCCGCGUUUUGAAACCAUUCAUUCGAAGAGACUUUGAAAGUCGACCUCUGAAACUAAGACUGCUGAAUGAGGUGGUGGCUUACCAGAAAAGAAAAGACCCUUCCUGGGUACCUCCCAAGCCACACCCAAUCGACUAUUGUUAUGUACAACCCGAUCAUAUCCCAGCUGUCAAUGCGAUGUGCAGAGAAUUCUUCUGGCCUGGAAUAGAUCUUUCAGAGUGUUUACAAUAUCCUGACUUCAGCUGUGUUGUUCUGUACAGGAGCUUCGUCAUUGCCUUUGCUUUCAUGGUCCCAGAUGUCAAGUACAACGAAGCCUAUAUCUC